UGAUCCACCCCGCCCGCUUGGCCUCUGCUCGGCCUGCGAUUGACGACGCUUCCAUGCUGCCACCGGAGGUCUCUGAUCUGGAUCUGCAAUCCAUACCAAAGGCUGCGCCAUCCCGAGAGUCUCGCAUCCCUGUCUUUCGCCCUGCUCGACCGUCUGAGCUCGCGGCCCAUGCAGCAUCCGCUCCUUCAACCAUACCAAUCCAACCGCCAACAAACGGAUCGCAAGAUGACCACAGUGUCUCCACCCUCUCCAAGAGAGAGCUUUGGCUUGCCUCUCGAGCAUACAGGUCGUGGCGACAGCUCGUUCUGACCCGCCGAGCCCAGGAAUUCCGCCAAAGGUCGCUCCAGCGCGAUGGCUUUGCUUGCUGGAAAGCCCGAUUCGCCUCAAGCAGCCGAGAAUCUUGGAAGCUGGCGGUGCGGGCAGAUGUCAGGCACAGAUUUGUGCUUUGCGAUCGAGCCUGGGCUGCUUGGAGAGCGUAUGUGCUCUUGCAGCGCUCCGAGAAGCUGGAGCUCGGCAAGGCUCUCCGUUUCGCUGAGCAGCGGCUGAUCCGCACGGCCUAUGCCGGCUGGCUCAUAUAUCAUCUCAAACGACAACGCAAACAGCAACUCUAUCGCAAUGCGAGUGACUUCCACAGAGCCGCAGUUUGUCGCCGCAUGUUCAAGACCUGGGCGGCCGAGCACCAUCUGCACAUCAAGCUUCAGCGAGAUCUUCGGAUGGGCGACCAGGCGUACCAAAAAGCCAUCAUCGCUCGGCAUUUGCGAGCUUGGAAGCUUCGUUGGACGAUUCAGCUGAAGACCACACACAAGGCCGAGCUGCUUCGUGCCCUUAUCAGCACAAACGCAAAGCGGCGGGUGUGGGCAGCCUGGGUCAGCUAUGUGGAGUAUCAAAGAGAGAAGCACGCUCGAGUCUCCGUCGCUGUGCAUCACCACGAAAGUAGGCUCCUUGCCUCCACAUUCCACUCGAUGCACUCCAAGGCACAAAGGGGCCAGACGAUCCAGGAUCAGAUGGCUGUCUCGGAUCGGCGUCGACACCAAAGCUCGCUGCGUCACGGAUUUCAGCUUUGGAGGGAAUCUACAUCUAAGCGUCAACAUAUGCACCGACAACUGGCGCAGGCGGACCAGUUUUACAACCAACAUAUCCAGAAAUGUGUGCUUUUUCGAAUGAGAGCAGCACUGGUCCGACAAGAAGGUGCCGAGAGGUGGAAUGCCCAGCAGCUUGUAUCGAAGUUUUGGAAGCGAUGGCAGGAUAAGGUGCUGGAGGCAGCAGCAAGUAGAGAACAGGCACGGCUCUUGCCGGCAAUCCAUUUCUAUGAAUCGCGGCUCGCCAUUCGUACACUUCAGCGAUGGAAGCUAGAGUUCGCCACACAGCGGCAGCAAAAGCAACGGCUUGGAAUGGCAGUCGGCCUGUACCGAAAUCGGCUGCUGCAACGGUCGCUGAGACAGUGGAACGCCAAGCUUCAGUUUCAAAGACAAGAGUACAAAACUGCCCUGAUCGCUCAGACCUGGCUUCGCCAAAAUCUGAUUUCCAAGUGCUGGAUGCGGUGGAUUGAAUGCUGGAUCGAGAAGUCCUAUGAGCGCCAGCAGAUGGAGACGGCGCAGCGUCACGAUAGAAAGCGGCUACUCUAUCGUGGCCUUCUCGUGUUCCAGAGAAACCUUGCGCUCAUUCACGAGUUGCAACAGGCUGAGGAUCUUGUCGCAGUCCAGCAUAGCCAAAACAUCGCAAGGCACGUCCUACGGCGAUGGGCUCAGCGUGCGCAACAUAUGAGAACGUGGCAGCUUAUGGAGCACGCUGCUGCAGUGUAUCGCCGAACCACUGUUCUGCGAUAUUGGUUUCGCGGAUGGAUCAAGCGACUACUGGAUCAUCAGAAGAGCAGUCUCAAAUGGGACGUUGCCGUUUCCCGAGACAGCAAGAUUCGGCUCCGAAAGAACCUAUACGCCUGGGUGGACUAUACGCGCGACCAGAACUCAUUUCGGAGGAUCGUUUUGGCUUGGACAGAGCACCGCAAUCGCCACAUUCAGUGCCAGGCCUUUGGCCUUUGGAUGCACAGGGCCCGCCAAAACCGCGAGAUGCAAGCGAUCAUAGACACGGCUCAGUCCUCGGUCGAAUCAGAGCUAUUGCGACAAACUCUCCGCAGAUGGAGAAUCUAUACUCUGCACAGGGCCGAGAACAAGCGGCGUGUCAACGAAAAUCUGCGUGAGGCCGGCAUUCUCUUGGGAUACUCCAAACUCCAGAGACACUUUGAAGCCUGGCGAGCAUACGUCGAAUCGCAAAAGACAGUUCACAUGAUGAAACUCGAGGCCGAUUCCCUUUAUUCAUCCAAGUUGGCGGUCACAUAUUGGGGCCGAUGGAAGUUGAUCUAUUUGCACUCGGCCUGGGUCCGGAUGUCAAAUGGACGCGCGGACGAGUUCCGACGGAAGUCACUCUCCCGGCGGGCCUACGGCGUCUGGAAAAAGUCCAGGCCAGACUGGCACAGCGUCGUUGAUCGUCUCUAUUCAAUGCCAAUCGAGCACUGGAGCCUCCAUCUGAUGUCCAAGUGCUUCAGCUCAUGGGCCGCAUAUAUCCAGCAGAAGAAGCGAUAUCGAGCUCAAAAGGCUGACGUUGAGAUGUGGAGGAGCGAACGCGUGCUCAGGAAUGGAUGUGCAUUGUGGAUCGAGGCUGUGGAGGGAUGGGAUUGUCAGUACGAAAAGAUGCUCAUUUCGCAGCAGCACGAUCUCGGGCCGACCGAGUGGCAACUUGCCCGGAAAUAUGCGCUGCUCUGGAAGGCCAAGACUGGUCUACGUGCAUCCGGCCGUGCUCCAGAUGGGACCAAGCUGCUCUUCCAGAAAAUCAGCCUUGCUCUACAAGACACGGGCCUGAACAGGGUCGUGGGCACACACCUGGGCUUGGCACAAGAGAGCAAACCCGAAACCGGAGGGGAUCGUUCGCGCUUUACGACUAUAUAUCCUCCUGACACCGAUUCGCCACGCUCGGCCCAUCUGGAUCCACAAGACCAUUCAGAGCUAGGCGUGGGGUCUGUGCUUGUUGGCGUGCCUGCUGUGGCCCGAACAGCCUCAACGAGACCACAGCCCCGAAAGCCCAAAUUUCUUCUGGAGCCCGGAUGUAUGUUUGGCAAGCCCGUGGACGCAGGUACCAAGGACUCGGUUCGCAUUGAUCAUGGCUCGGGUGAUACAUGCCAGACCCUCGUCGAACCCAGCACCACGCAAGAGCAGCCAGGAAUGCAUCAAGGGAAGACAAGAGAAUCCUGGGAAUCGCCAGCUCGCGGUGCUCUGCACUCGACCCACCGGGUUUCGGGGGCGCCAGGAACCGCCGAGAAAGCUACGGAGCCGCUCGUCGCUGUUGAGCUUGGAAAUAGCCGCGCGAUUGGGACGGAAGAAAGGCUUGCUCGCACUUCUUUGUCUCGGUCACAAGCGAAUUCACGUUCGACUCAAAUCGGAGCCCAGACAAAGUCGCUCCACUUUGGCAAUCCAUCAAGAUGCACCACCGCCGCUCCUUUGGAGAACCAAGGGCCAAGAACCCAUGGGGAAGAGGAACUUGCCGCAUCGCACAACCAAGCAGGUGCCUCUAGCGAGCAGCUCGAGCCCCGCUGGGGUUGGGUGAGCCCCAGAAGGGAAAUGGCAGAUACCCAUCCGAGUAAUACACUCGGCGAGGCUGCCUCGGUUGCGGACGGCGAGACUCGCCUCCUGGAGACGCGAGUUACGCAGAUACAGAAAGCCAAGCUUCAGCUCCAGGACGACCAAGAAACCUUGCGAAAGUUGCUUCAGCAUAUCAACUCGACCAUCUUGACGGACAUGUCAGGCAUGAACCCCAAUGGCCCUGGGGCCGACGGAAGGAUGCGGAUCCAAGAGCUGGGUGGGCUCCUGGAUCUACAGCGCAAGACGCAACAAAACAUGUCCAACCACGAGCGGGCGGAAGAAGACCUCGACCGAGAACUUUCCAAAUGCCUUGGCCGCCUGCGGCAGUUGGGAGUGACUCGCGUGAGUUUGAAUCGCUGAAUAGACAGGCAAUCCAAAGAGAAACGGGAUAUUCACUUUCUGGCAUCAGCGACACAAGUCUGCUGGUCCAUAGGCUCCAGUCGGCGAUUGUUUCCCGUCCUGGCUGGCAAUCUC